CCUCUCAAUCACUUGGUCACGUUCACCUUGGAGCAGAAGGAUUUGGCAAUCGAAACUGUAUACUAGAAGAGGCUUCCAAUCAGAGUAUUCCCCCGGACCUGUCAAUAUGUGUGUUUGUCCUGGACCAAGCGUUGUCUGUGAGGGCUCUCCAAGAGAUGGUUAUCACCGACCAAAUAGAUCAGGGUGGGCAGGCUGGUCACCGCACCCUUCUCUAUGGUCAUGCUAUUCUUCUUCAACACUCCCUCAGUUCCAUGUAUCUUGCCUGUCUUCCAACAAGCUCCUCAAAAGAUAAACUUGCCUUUGAUGUGGGGCUUCAAGAAUCAACACAAGGAGAAGCAUGUUGGUGGACAAUACACCCGGUGUCCAAGCAGAGGUCAGAAGGUGAGAAGGUCAGGGUGGGAGAUGACCUCAUCCUCGUCAAUGUCGCCACGGAGAGAUAUCUGCAUCUAUCUGUUGAACGAGAUGACCAGCCAAUGAUAGUGGUAGCAUCCUUCCAACAGACGCUAUGGACUGUCGCCCCCGUCAGCUCAGGCAUCGUCAAGAUCAAAGCAAUGGCAAAAAGUUAUAAAAAUGCAGAUAAGGUUGUAGGAUUCCUCAACGGUCUGGACACCCUGAGAUUCUCCAGGGGCCACAUGGAUGAGUUCCUGACGGUUCCACCAGUGGGAUGCAAGGACGAUGACAACAUCAGUGAGGUGGCUUAUGAGACAGGCUCAGUGGCCCAGUAUGCAAGGUCCCUAUGGAGAACCGAACUCAUCUUGAAAAAGUGGAAUGGUAGCUAUGUAUCAUGGGGCCAGCCUUGCAGGAUACGCCAUCUAACAUCUGGCAAAUAUCUAGCUGUCCUUGAGAAUGGUAAUGUUUGUAUUGUACCAAGGAAAACUUGUAACUUAGAUGACACAAUCUUCUGUUUCCAACAAUCAAGGGAGGAUCUUGCUAACUAUGAUAGCAAGCAGGAUCAUGGUAUGGGCAAUGCAGACAUCAAGUAUGGAGAUUCAACAGUACUUAUUCAACACAUGAAGACAGGCCAUUGGCUCUCUUAUCUGGUUGUUGAAAGUGUUGUUGGAGGAAGAGCAGCUGAGAGGAAGGUAGUGAUGUUGCCAGAGGGUCAUAUGGAUGAUGGGUUCUCGGUUGUGAGAGCAAGGGCGGAGGAGUCAAGAUCAGCCGGAAUCAUCAGAAAGAGCACAUUGCUUUUCAAUCAGUUCUUUGAUGCUUUGGACUCCUUGAGGGCCGAGAAGGACGAUGACCAGCUGGCCUGGAAUAGCUUUGACCUUGGCUCUGUGGUUGAUAUACUCCAGGAUCUCAUUGAGUACUUCUCAGAACCAGAGGAAGAUGAAGAUCAUGAAGAGAAACAGAAGAAAUUAAAAGCCUUGAGGAAUCGACAGGAUCUGUUCCAUGAAGAGGGUAUGGUCAAACUGGUGCUGGAAACCAUUGACAAGCUGAGCAUCUUCAAGAGUGGACGGGACUUUGCUGCAAUAGUAGGAGAGGAUGCAGGAGACCUCUGGCAAGACAUCGUCACCUACCUCUACAAACUCCUUGCCGCCAUGAUCAGGCAUAACCACAACAACUGUGCCUUAUUUGCCCAGUCAGUCAGGUUGGAUUGGCUUAUUAACAGACUAGAGAGUCAACAAGCAUCAAAAGGUGUGUUGGAGGUGUUACAUUGUGUGCUACUUGGUAGUCCUGAAGCUCUUAACAUCAUCAAAGAGAACCACAUCAAAUCAAUGAUAUCACAGCUAGAAAAACAUGGCAGAGAUCCAAAGGUGUUGGAUGUUCUAUGCUCGCUGUGUGUUGGCAAUGGUGUAGCAGUACGAUCCAAUCAGAACCUUAUAUGUGACAACCUUCUUCCUUCAAGAGAUCUCCUCCUUCAGACAGCAGUAGUUGAUGAAGUAGUUUGUAUGCGUCCCAACGUGAGCAUCUGUGUAGAUAAGAAGAGCACAGUCUACAAGAAAUGGUACUUUGAGGUUGCCAUCGACAAGCAGGAAGCGGCCACAUCCAGACCCGUACACUUCAGAGUAGGGUGGGCAACGACUUCGGGGUUCCGCACCUACCUGAGGGGCGGGGAAGGAUGGGGAAACUCGGGUGUCGGUGAUGACCUUUACUCCUUCGGCUUUGAUGGCAUGAAUCUGUGGACAGGUGGUGUCAGCAAGGCUGCUCCAUGGAGCGGGAAUCGUCUCUUGUCCAAGGGUGACAUUGUUGGUGUGUGCUUUGACCUCAGUGUGCCUCGCAUCCUCUAUCAUGUCAACGGAAGCCCUAUCAAGGCUUCUUUUGAAGGCAUCAAUCUAGAGGGCAUGUUCUUUCCUGUUCUUAGUUUCUCUGCUAGGGUUAGUGCUCGAUUCAUCCUUGGAGGCAAGCACGGUCGAUUCAAGUACUCACCACCCAAGGGUUUUGCUGCAGUGUGUGAGAGUGUUCUCCCGAAGGAGAGACUGAAGAUAGAGCCUUGCUUCUCCUUGGGUGAUGUCACUGAAGGCAUCAUCCAAGGACCUACUGCCUCCCAGGAUCAUUCAGCAUUCAUCCCAGCUCCCGUAGACACCUCGACUGUGAGUCUUCCAGGUUACAUUGAGAUGUUGAGGGACAAGCUAGCUGAGAACAUACAUGAACUCUGGUGUAUGAACAAGAUAGAGGCUGGAUGGACAUGGGGACCGGUUCGAGAUGAUGCCAAGAAGGUCCAUGAUAGUCUGAUGUUCUUCUCAAGCCUUUCAGAACAAGAAAAGAAUUUUGACAUCACCAUGGCUUACGAGACCCUAAGAACACUGAUUGCAUUGGGUUAUCAUAUCAGCAUUGAUGAGGAGACAUCUAAAUCAACACUCAAGAGACUCAGACUUCCUAUGAACUAUUUGAUGUCUAAUGGAUACAAGCCAGCUCCUUACAACCUCUCCAACAUCCAUCUCAACCCUAAGAUGGAGAAGCUGGUGGAACUAUUGGCUGAGAAUGCUCAUAAUGUCUGGGCCAAGGACAGGAUAGCCCAAGGAUGGACCUAUGGUCUCUCUGAGGAAACGUCUUAUAAGCGAAACCCGCAGCUGGUCCCGUACAACCAACUCAAUGACCAAGCUAAGAAACUCAACAGGGAUACUGCUAGUGAGACUAUUAGGACUAUCCUAGGCUUUGGCUAUGCUCUGGAACCACCUACCUCAGAAGGUCAAGAUCCAUCAUUCAGAGGUUUAGCAAGAGAGAUGUCUGACAAGAAACAGCACACAAGAACAUUCAGAGCAGAGAAGAGCUAUGCAGUAACAUCAGGGAAAUGGUACUUUGAAUUUGAAGCGGUGACAAGUGGGUACAUGCGAGUCGGCUGGGGGCGCCCUUCUAUAGCAGCAGGUGCAGAAAUUGGAACAGGUGGCAUCUCAUAUGUCUUUGAUGGUUUCCUGGCAAGGAAGUGGCACCAAGGUUCAGAAACCUUUGGCAAGACGUGGAGUGAGACAGAUGUGAUUGGCUGUAUGCUAAACCUGGUGGAUAACACCAUCAGUUUUACCAUGAAUGGAGAGUUUCUGAGUGAUUCUGUUGGAUCUGAGAUGGCUUUCCUUGACAUUGAGAUUGGUGAAGGGUUUGUACCAGUAUGCAUGCUUGCAGCUGGAGAAAAGGCUCAUUUACACUUUGGGCAGGAUGUGAAUGAUCUGAAAUACUUCACUGUGUGUGGACUACAGGAGGGCUAUGAACCAUUCUGUGUGAACAUGAAGAAGUCAAUGCCCCUGUGGUACUCUAAGAGUCAGCCUAUGUUUCAGUCCAUUAUUGAAGAUGAGCAUGAUAGAUUAGGAGUCACCAGGAUACCAGCCGGUAUCGAGGGUCCACCUUGUUUGAAGGUGUCCCACAAGAAGUGUGGUACCGUGGAGAACCUACCAACAGAAUACCUUCGACUGAGUAUGCCUGUGGUCUGCAAGGAUUUCCCUACAAGUGGUGAGAUGGUUCUGUCUAUCCCAGUACCCAUCCUUUCACCCGGUAACAAGCGUGGUCAGUGGAUCCAGCAUGGUGCAGCUAGUCUAGACCUUAGUGAGACAGACUCCAAUGAUGGAUCCAACCGUAGGGCUAGGUCUGGUCUGGACAAGAUGGAACACAAGGUGAUAGAUACUGAUGCUAUAGAUGUAGAUGGAAGAGUCAAUGGCUACAAUGGAGAUACCAAAGAACUCACCAAGAAAGAGAAGAAGAAACUAGCCUCUCUUCCUCUAGGACGCAAGAUCCCUAUGUCCCGUGCUGCCUCCAGCGAAACAUCCACCGUCCAGUCCCCAGACUCCUCCUUCGAGCGGUCUGGCCCUUCUCCUGCAAAGUCCAAGCGGAGCAAGUUCACCAAGAGUGCAAGCAUGGAUUCCGGUGCCAAACACCCUGAGGAUACUCUUGCCAAACCCUCAGGGUAUGAGGUCGACGGUCAGCGCAGUCCUGGAGCAGCCAGGCGGGGGAAGAAGUCAGACAGGUUGAGGACACCGGAAGCAUCACCUCCUGGUACCCUGACCCGCGAGUACAUCCCAUUGAAGAGUGACAAUGAAGGGUCGGUUGGGUCUGACAACCAUGGUCGCCCUCGCCUGGCCAAGCUGAACUCGAUGGGAAGCAGCUUCGAUGUCUUCAGCAAGUCCAUUGACAUCAUGUCUGAUAUCAGCGAGGCUGAUUCCAUUGACCUGAGCAUGAUGACCAAGUUCUAUUUUUCUGUUAGGAUCUUCCCAGGUCAAGAUCCUACUGAUAUCCAUGUUGGAUGGGUCACACCAGGAUACCAUCACUACUCACCUCACUUUGAUCCUUCCAAGACCAGUGAAGUCACCGUCAACAUGCUUGGAGAGAAUGGAGGAAUUCAAGAAACGUCUAAGAGGCGUGACUGCUUCACGGUUUGUGUUGGUGACCACAUGGAUCUGCUCAUCACACCCGAAGGGCGUAGGAUCUCAUCAGGCUUGGUUGUUGGAUGUAUCGUGGAUGCUUCCAACGGUGAACUCAAUUUCACCAUCAACGGUAGAGAUAUCAGCACCAAAUAUCAGGUUGAACCAAAGACCAAGCUAUUUCCAGCUGUGUUCGUGAAACCCACCAGUAAGGAGAUGCUCCAGUUUGAACUUGGAAGGUCAAAGAUUCUGGAGAGACGAUCCAGCUCAGUGCAAUCAGAAUUCGCUCAUAUGAGCGUCAAUCAGAACUGCCUGCCCCUAUCUGCUGCCUGGUUCCGAGGGGACAGCCACAACCCAACCCCUCAGUGUCCGUCCAGGGUUGAGGUCCAGGAUAUGCAUACCUAUACGUGGGCCAGGGCUCCACUACAGACCAUGAAUGUAGAGACCAAGAAGGUCUCUGACAACAACGGCUGGCUGGUGUCAUGUCCAGAACCAGUAUCUUGGCUAGGUGUCCAUAUACCCGAAGAGAACCGUAGUAUGGAUAUUUUAGAACUGGUAGAGCAUGAGGACCUUCUCAAGUUCCAUGCACAUACAUUGAGGUUAUACUGCAGUGUUUGUUCCCAUGGUAACCACCAUGUCGCCCAUGCCUUGAUCAACCAUGUUAAUGAAGACCAGCUCAUGUACUGUUUACAGUGCCCAUAUAUAUCUGGUCCUUUGAGGAUAGGUUACUACAAAUUGCUGCAUGCCCUUCAUCUCCAGACCCAUGUCAGUGCUAGGUUAAAAACUCAAGAUGAGUUUAUCAUCCCUCUCAUGACUGGUCCCAAGCCUGUAGAUGAAGAAUUGGACAUUUCUAGUUGUAUGUCCAUCAAACGAGCCUUGAGUACCACCAAGAGUGUCUCCAUCAGACCACAGCUUAAUAUAGGACCAUCAGCAGACAGUAGUCAUCAGAGCUUUGGUCAGAGUAUCAAGGCAUCAGAGCAAGCUCCUCCAAGCUUUAAUCUCAAGGUGCUCAAGCAGCAUGUCAUAACGUCGUUGGGUGAGGCAGUGGCACACGGUGUGUCCCACUGCCGAGAUCCCAUCGGUGGCAACUAUAAUAACCUCUUUGUGCCUUUGUUACAAUUAUGUGAUGCUCUCCUUGUUAUUGGAGAGUUUGAUGAUGAUGAUCUGAAGAGUCUUCUUAUUCUCAUUGAUCCUGCUACAUUUGAUGAAACAUACAAGAAGGGUGUAAGUGAUACAGUUGGAAUGCUUCAGAUGCAUCUUGAUGAGCCAGUCAAGCUUGCUAUGUGCUUCCUACUCCAACAUCUCUGUGACAGUCAGCUAAGGCAUCGGGUAGAAUCAAUCAUCAACUUCUCUGAUGACUUUGUAGAAGAAUGCCAAGCAGAUCAACUGAGAAGAUUCUUAGAAGUUAGGAACACUGACAUGCCUCCUGUCAUAGCGGCCAAGAAGACCAGAGAAUUUAGAUCUACCCCUCAAGAACAGAUGCGGAUGCUACUGAACUUCAAGGAAGGUGAUGAUGGGAUGUGUCCUUGCCGUGAGGAUCUCAGAUCGGUCCUACAGGAGUUCCACUCCACCUUGGCCAAGCACUGUGGUGUGCAUGAGACUCAGGAGGAGAGGAACAACGACGGUGGAGGGGUAAUCAGACGGUUCCUCUCAUGGUUGUCUGGUAGGAGGAAAGACGCCAGUCCUGUAGGGGCCAUCACGCAGGAGAAGUUCUCAAGUGACUCCCUCUCUCAUCUGAUCUCUAACACAAUGAUCAAAUGGGCGGAAGAGAAACACAUUGAGGACCCUACGUUGGUGAGGGAGAUGUUCAAUCUAUUACAUCGUCAGUAUGAUGGAGUAGGAGAGCUUUGCCGUGCCUUGCAGAAAUCUUACGUAGUAAGCAGCAAUCAGUGUGAUGACAUCGUUCACCUCUUGACCUCGCUAGGUCAGAUCAGGUCAUUGCUGACCGUUCAGAUGGGAUCAGUAGAAGAGGAAGCACUCAUUAAACAUCUCUGGGAGUUGACGGACAACAAGGUCUUCUACCAGCAUCCAGACCUCAUGAGGGCGCUGUGCGUCCAUGAGACCGUCAUGAAUGUGAUGGUCAAUGUCCUUGAGAAGCACCAGACGUCCAUCCAACUGACCAGUGAUCAGGAGGCGGAGUCCGCUGCCCAGAGCCAGGGAGGGGCUGCAGCAAGCACAGCAGCCACACCCAAAUCACAGCAGAUGUGCGUUUACAGGUUCCUGGCCCGCCAGGCCCGGAUGUGCCGUUCCGAGGACCGGUUUGCCCGUGAGCUCAUCGCCAGCUGCUGCCGAUUCCUCUGCUACUUCUGCCGCACCAGCCGGCAGAAUCAGAGGGCGCUGUUUGAUAAACUCCUCUACCUCCUUGAUCACGGCUUCAUAGGGCUGUCUUACCCAUCAUUACGAGGUUCCUGCCCCUUGGAUGUAGCUGCUGCCUCUCUGAUGGACAACAAUGAACUAGCCCUGGCACUCAGGGAACAACACCUGGAGAAGGUCAUCAUAUUCUUGUCUAGGUGCGGGGUGCAGGACAACGCCCGUCUGAGGGCCAUGGGGAAACCCCUCCCUGGGUGGGACCCUCUAGAUGGAGAGCGGUAUCUGGAUUUCAUGAGGCAUGCUGUGUGGGUCAAUGGUGAGACUGUUGAAGAGAAUGCUAACCUAAUAGUGAGACUGUUGAUCAGGCAUCCUGAGUGCCUUGGCCCAGCCUUGAGAGGGGAAGGUAAAGGUCUCCUAGCAGCCAUGGAGGAAGCUAUUGAUCUCUCAGAGACAGCAGAGGAGGGGUAUCUCAUCUCUGCCCCUACCAUGGCAAUCAGUGAAGAGGAUGGAGAGAGUAGACCCAUUGAUGGUCAAGAUGAUGAAGGUGAUGAGGACGAGGAUGAUGUGGACACUGGUGGAGCCAUCCUGACCUUCUAUGCAACCCUGAUAGAUCUCCUGGGUCGAUGCGCCCCUGAUGAGAACCGCCUGUCACAGGGCAGGACUGAACCCCAAAGGAUCAGGGCCAUUCUGCAGAGUCUGGUCCCUCUGGAUGAUCUUGUUGGGGUGCUCAACCUCAAGUUUGUCCUGCCUUCUCCUCAGAAGAUUUAUGAGAAGAAAGAUGAUGGAGCUGGUAAACCAUUGGGUGCUGAUUUGAAGGGUCUUACCCCAGUCCACAAAGAAGCCAUGCUGCUGUUUCUGGAGAGGGUGUAUGGUAUAGGGAAUCAGGAGCUCUUCUUUGAGCUCCUUGAGGUGGGAUUCCUUCCUGAUCUCAGGGCAGCCACAACCAUGGACACGCCCACCACCCAUGACCAUGACAUGGCGCUGGCUCUCAAUCGCUACAUCUGUAAUUCGGUGCUGCCCCUCCUAACCCGACACAGUGAGAUGUUUGAGAGUGCGGACCAAUUUGCCUCUCUCUUGGACUCCACACUCCACACCGUCUACAGGCUGGCCAGCUGUCGGUCACUCACAAGGGGACAGAGGGACACAGUGGCUGAUUUCUUGGUGGCCCUUACAAGGAGUCUGAAGCCUUCCAUGAUGCAGCGGUUACUGCGGAAACUGAUCAACGAUGUGCCUAUUCUUGCUGAAUACUCUUAUGUGGCCUUAAAGAUUCUACAGCUUCACUAUGAGCGCUGUGUGACAUACUAUGGUAGCAGUGGUGGAUGGGGUAGCUAUGGAGCUGCUAAUGACGAAGAGAAGAGACUCACUAUGAUGCUAUUCACUGGUCUCUUUGAUGCCCUGGCUGAGAAGGAGUAUGAUGAGGAAUUGUUUGAUAGAGCUUUACCUUGCCUGACAGCCAUAGGAAGUGCCUUGCCUCCAGACUAUAGCAUGUCGUACCAUGACGAAAGCUACGUCAGGGAAUCUUGCUUUGAUGCUGAUGGCAUAUACCAACCAAAACCAGUCGACACAAACAAGGUGCUACUGAAUGAAAGUCUGUUGUCUUUCAGUGAUAGAUUUGCUGAACAUCUCCAUGAUAGCUGGGCUUUAGCAAUGUUUGACAAUGGAUGGACCCAUGGUGAGACAGAAAACAGUGCAAUGAAAGAAUCCUGCCUUCUAAGACCUUAUAAGACACUCACAACAAAGGAGAAGGAUUCAUACAGAGAGCCAGUAAGGGAGUGUAUCAAGGCUCUCCUUGCAUGGGGCUGGGCUAUAGAGAGAAGUAAAGCAUCAGAACAACAAUCACAAGCUCAUAGACCUAGGAGAUUAUCAAAAGCAAGUCUGGGUGCAAUGGAGUCUCCCCAUGGUUAUAACCCAAGACCCAUUGAUGUCUCAAACAUUACACUCACAAGAGAGAUGCAGAACAUGGCAGAAAGGCUAGCAGAGAAUGCCCAUGAUGUAUGGGCUAAGAAAACCAAGCUAGAAAUGGAACUGAGAGGAAGUGGUUGCCACACCCAAAUGGUGCCCUUUGACAUCUUGACAGACAGCGAGAAGAAGAAAGACAGAGACAUGGCACAUGCACUCCUCAAGUUCCUUCAAGUGAAUGGAUACAGGUUGCAGAGACACAGCCUAUCUAUGGAUCAUGAUGGCAUCAUCAGAGGACAUAGUACCAUAGAGAAGAGAUUUGCCUUCAAUCUCCUUGACAAACUUCUGCAUUAUGUGGACAAAUCACAAGCAAAUCUCAAACCUAUGAGGCGCAGUCAAGAUGCUUUCCGGUCCUCCAAGAAAGAGAGCUCAGGAGAUAGAGGCUACAAGUUCUUUGCUAAGGUUGUUCUUCCUCUGAUUGAGAAGUACUUCCAGGCUCACAGCUCGUACUUUGUAGCUGAUCCCAAUGCUCCUCAGGCAGGCAGGUCAGGAGGGUCAUCCACUCGGGAGAAAGAACUGGUAUCAAGUCUGUUCUGCAAACUUGCACAGCUUAUUCGACAGAAGAUUAAUCUGUUCGGUCGUGACCUGCUCCCCUUCAUUCGCUGUAUAAGAGUGGUUGCCCAGUCAAUAGAUGCAAGUUCUGUUGUGAAGCACAGUGCAGACGCCAUUAAGAAUGGCCUGCUAGUCUUCUUUCGCCAUGCUUCUGAUGACCUCAUCGCUACAGUGGAAUCCGUCACCUCAGGAGGGCGCUUUACACAUAUCAAGUCUGGUCAGGUUCACAAGCACAGCCUGGCCGUCAACUAUGUUCCGGGUGUGCUCGUCCCAGUCCUGAUCAGCCUCUUCCAGCAUCUUGCCAGGCAUAACUAUGGUGCUGAUUUACUUUUGGAUCAAAUCCAGGUGUAUUGCUAUAGAAUUCUCAGCUGUCUCUACAGGCUUGGUGCUGAUCAGUCUAUCUAUGUCAAGAAGUUACGUCCUGCCAUUGGUGAGCUCUUGGCCGCCUUCUCAGGAGCAUUUCCCGUUGCCUUUCUGGAACCACACCUCAACAAAAACAACCCUAACUCUCUGCUAGGACAGAUUGAGCUCAGAGGCUCCACCGUUGAGGGUAAAGAUGAGCUCAUCAAGCUUGCAUCAGGAAUUCCUACACUUCCAGCUGUGGUAACAGAGAUUGAUAAGAUGGCGACGUCGGGAGCCAAGUAUGACCAAGCUCCUCAUGUAAUUGAGGUCAUUCUCCCCAUGCUCUGCAGCUAUCUGAAUUACUGGUGGCAACAAGGACCUGAUAACAUCUGUCGCAGGCAAGGGAAUUACUGGACUAUGGUAAACUCUGGGAAUCUGAACAACACCCUCGGCAACGUCCUCACCCUGGUCAAGAACAAUCUUGGUUCAGAGAAUGCACCCUGGAUGUCCCGCAUUGCAGCCACUGCUCAACCAAUCUUGAACGAUGCCCAACCAGAGCUUCUGAAGACCCACUUUGUGCCCGUGGUUGAAAAGCUAGAGGAACGAACGACCAAGGUCUCCAAGGCAGAAGAAGAUCUGAAGAAGGAAUAUCCCAUGGGUGGACAGGAGAUGGAAGAGGCUGAGUUUGCCAUCUUGGAGGAUUACCAUUUGAUAAUCAGGGAUCUCUAUGCCUUCUACCCUCUCCUCAUCAAGUUUGUUGACUCACAAAGGAGUCAGUGGCUCAAGUUACCCUCCGUUGAUGCUGAGAAACUUUACUACAAAGUAUCAUCAAUCUUCAAUUCAUGGGCACGAUCAGCAAAUUUCCGUCGUGAGGAGCAGAACUAUGUGGCCCAGACUGAGGUGGACAGUUCGGCCGCUCUGACCUCCGCGAUGUCCAAGUCUGGCGGUGGUGGCGGGAGCAGCAACUCUCCCUACGGGGGUAGCCUCCCGGGGGAGCCGCCGAAGCUCCAGUCGACUGCACCUAAGCGUCCGGACGGUCAGCAUGGGAGUCCACCCAGCCUGAUCCUGGCUGCUCUCAAGAGACUGCUCCCUAUUGGAAUGAAUCAGUAUGGUGCUAGAGAACAGGAACUGGUCCAACAGGCAAAGCUCAGGUUUGGACAGAAAGAGACAGACAAGGAAGUGCGUGACUACCUACUCCAGCAGCUGCAUAUUCACGAGAAAGAGAAGGUGGAGGAAACGGCCCGGCUGACGGCCCGUAGUCAUGCCCAAGCCUAUUUAUCACGAAAACCAUCUGUAUCUUUCUCAUCAUCACCACCCUCAUCAUCAUCUUCUGCUUCAGCUCCUGCACCUGCAUCUUCUUCUGCUACCAGCACCACUACCAGCACCUCUUCCUCUCCUCCUCCUUCCUCUUCUCCCUCCUCCUCCCCAUCCUCAGUAGCUCCUCAAGAGUCUACCCAGCCGGCCCACAUUAGAACCCGGAGGCAGUCCAUAGCCGCCUGGCAGUCUGCUGCUUCUCGUGUCACUGCUGCUCACAUCACUCAAACAGACUCUAAAGGAUGGCAGCGUCAUCUGUACAACAAGAUGGCCGCCAGUAAGCUGGUCCAGGUGGUUGAACUUACCAAGGAUAAGGUGAUUGAACGCAUCAUCAACAUGGCCCAAGUCCUCCAUCGACUUCAUCAGAUGGAGCACCCAUCGGUGUCUAAGAAGAGUGCAUGGAGAAGGCUGAUGUCUGCUCAGCGUAAGAGAGCUAUCAUGGCCUGCUUCAGAAUGAUACCACUCCACCAUCUACCAAGACAUCGGGCCAUUAACUAUUUCCUCAAGGCUUAUAAAGAGAAAUGGCUGAGCAAUGAAGAGUCAGCCCAACAUCUCUUGAUUGAUGAUUUAACUAAAUGCAGUUCUGAAGAACUGCAGGAGUUUGAGGCAGAGAAUGUGAAAGAUCCCCUGUAUCAACUAAUCUUGACCUUCAGUCGAGCCUUUGGACUUCAACAGGAUAUGUUAGAUGAAGAUUUCCUGUAUCAGUCCUAUGCUGACAUCAUGAGCAAAAGCUGUAGCGGAGGAGAGGAUGAUGACGAUGAUGAUGACGAAGGAGAAGACAAUGGGACAUCGUUCCAGGAGCAAGAGAUGGAAAAACAGAAGCUGUUGUCAGAGCAGGCCAGGCUGGCUGAGAGAGGCUGUGCAGAGAUGGUGCUUCUUCUUAUAAGUGCAAGCAAAGGUGAGCCAAGUGACAUGGUAUUCUGUUCUCUCAAGCUUGGUAUAUCACUGUUGAGGGGAGGCAAUGAAUUGGUUCAGAGGAAAAUGCUUGAACAUCUCCAAGACAAGAUGGAUGUUGGGUUCUUCACUAGUGUGGCUGAGCUCAUGGAGAAAUGCACAGUCCUUGAUCUGGAAGCGUUUGAGAGGUACAACAAAGCUGAAGGUUUGGGCGUGACUUCUGGAGAAAACGCAGGCUGUGAUGGACUUAGAGCAGGAGAGAAGGCGAUGCAUGAUGCAGAGUUCACUUGCGCCCUCUUCAGGUUUCUGCAGCUACUCUGUGAAGGUCACAACUUAGAAUUUCAGAACUAUUUGAGAACCCAAGCAGGCAACCACACCACAGUCAACAUCAUCAUCUGCACUGUGGACUAUCUACUGAGGCUGCAGGAAUCAAUCAGUGAUUUCUACUGGCACUACUCUGGCAAAGACGUUGUUGAUGCUCAGGGUCGAGAGAACUUUUCCAGGGCAUUCAAGGUUGUAAAGCAAGUGUUCAGCUCCCUAACUGAAUACAUACAGGGUCCAUGUUCUGGGAACCAGCUAGCCCUAGCCCACAGUCGUCUCUGGGAUGCUGUGGUAGGGUUUCUCCAUAUCUUUGCCAAUCUCCAGAAGAAAUUAUCCCAAGACACCAGUCAGCUGGAGCUCCUCCGAGAACUGCUCAACCUCCACAAAGAAAUGGUUGUUAUGCUGCUUAGUAUGCUUGAAGGUAAUGUGAUGCAUGGUACCACUGGGAAACAGAUGGUUGAUACUCUUGUAGAGUCAUCAUCUAAUCUGGAGAUGAUAUUGAAGUUCUUUGAUAUGUUCCUCAAACUGAAAGACCUUUCUUCUUCUGAGGCAUUUAAGGAAUAUGAUGCAAAUGGUGAUGGAUGGAUCUCACACAAAGAGUUUCAAAAGGCCAUGGAAGCGCAGAAGAUGUACACGGCAGAUGAGAUUGACUACUUGUUGAAGUGUGCUGAUAGGAAUAACGAUGGAAGGAUUGAUUUCAACGAAUUCACAGAGAGAUUCCAUGGACCUGCCCAAGAUAUCGGUUUCAAUCUGGCCGUGCUGUUGACCAACCUAGCAGAUCACAUGCCUGGUGAUAGGAGGUUGGAACGGUUCUUACUACAAGCAGAGAGUUUACUGGUCUACUUUGAACCCUACCUAGGUCGUAUUGAGAUCAUGGGCAGCAGUAGAAGAAUUGAACGAGUUUACUUCAAGAUCACGGAAUCACACAAAGCACAAUGGGAGAAACCCCAAAUCAAGGAGUCUAAACAACAGUUCCUCCAUGAGGUGGUCAAUGAAGGUGGAGAGAAAGAAAAACUGGAAGACUUUGUCAACUUCUGUGAGGACACUAUCUUUGAGAUGCAACAUGCAACCAGCAUCAGCGACACGGGCGAGAGCCUUCCAGAGAUCUUCAUGAGCCUGCUGACCUUUGGCGCCAGCCGGGACUCCCAAAACUGGCUGGUGUGGGCCGUCCGGGGUCUGAGGCCGUCCAACAUUCGCAGGCUGACGGGAGACUUCUUCAGCAGCUCCCAGUAUAAUAUCAAGCAGAUCCGUUCCAUGUCGCUCUUCAAGCUCUUCUUUGGUAUCAUCAGGCUCACUAUCAUGGGUGUCUUCAAACUCUUCAAGUUUGCCUUCGUCAUUGUGGGCAAGCUGAUCGGGCUUCUUGUUGGUACACGAAUCUUAGAAGAUGCUCGGGAGAUCACAGGCAGUAUUAAACACUCUCUACAUGUGCCUCGGGUUGCUAGGCGACAGACUUCAUCACUGAUCAAUGUGCCUGGAUAUGGCAUGCCCUCAGCGAGGAGGAACUUUGGUUUCUGGCGAUAUAUUACCUCUCAGUAUUUUACCAAUCUUAAUUCAAUGGACACUGUGUCCGCCUUUGGCAUUGAUUUCUUGAAAGGCAAGGGUGGUGGAGGCAACGAUCAGUACAAGCUGAGGAUGAGGAGGAAACGGCGACCUUUGACCCCAUCAUCUAGCUUUGACUUUGAAGAAGAAAUGUCCAUGGACAAUAUGCCUCCACACACCCCCUCCGAAGCCUCAGAUAGUUCUUUCGAUUCAGGAGCCAUGGCAAAGACUGAAUUUCCCAUGCCCGAUAUGUCAAGUGGACGUCGUGAUAGCACUGUCUUCCCUAGUCUCUUCUUAGCAACCGAGAUGCCAUCAACCCAAGUGAAAGAGGAGGAAGAAGAAGAUCCUGUUUAUGAACCUCAGAUGACAAGGGUCAAACAAACUGUUCUGAGUCUGUUUGCUAGGAACUUCUACAACAUCAAAUAUAUUGCUCUUGCAUUGGUCUUCUGUAUAAACUUCCUUCUUCUCUUCUUCAAGGUUUCUUUCCUGACUGCCGACCUGAGCAUGGAGGAAGUAGAUCCAGAGCUCCCUGCGGAGUUCCUGGAGAAUUCCACCUCACCUGAUAGUCCAGAUACAGGAGAUGGUGAAGAUGGAUCAACGAUAGAUGAUGUGAUAGAACAGAUUCUUAUCAAUCAGCAGUUCAUGUAUCUUGUGCCUAUCUUGAAGGUUCUUGCCAUCCUUCAUUCAUUGGUGUCUAUCUCUAUGCUGAUUGCAUACUGUGCACUCAAGGUACCACUUUGCUUGUUCAAAAGAGAGAAAGAGAUUGCUCGUAAACUCGAGUUUGAUGGUCAGUGGAUAACUGAACAGCCGACUCGAGAUGACAUCAAAGGCCAGUGGGAUUCCCUUGCCAUAAGCACUGUCUCAUUUCCUGUUUAUUACUGGGACAAGUUUGUCAAGAAGAAGGUUCUGAAGAAGUAUGAAGAUGCAGUGGGAGAGGAGAAGUUAUGUGUUAUGUUGGGCAUGGAGGUUGGUGAGAACCCAAUGGCUGGCAACCCGACAGAAAACCCAAACCAGGGUCUCUUCAGCUCAAUGCUUACAUCUCUAGAUUGGAAGUAUCACAUCUGGAAGUGUGGUGUGAUUGGAACUGAUAAUUCUUUUUUGUACAUUGCUUGGUACCUUCUCUUCUCACUUCUUGGCCAUGUCAACCACUUCUUCUUUGCUGCUCAUCUCCUGGACAUCGCCAUGGGCUUCAAGACACUCAGGACUGUCCUUCAGUCUGUCACGCACAAUGGCAAACAGUUGGUGCUUACCCUGAUGAUGACCUGUGUGAUCAUCUACCUGUACACAGUCGUUGCCUUCAACUUCUUCAGGAAGUUCUACACCAAAGACGAAGAGGGAGAGAUAGAUUACAAAUGCCACAAUAUGAUGUCUUGUUUUGUCUUCCAUCUUCAUUCUGGUUUAAGAGCUGGUGGUGGCAUUGCUGAUGAGAUAGAACCACCUGACGGUGAUGACUAUGAGUUCUACCGGAUCAUCUUUGACAUCACCUUCUUUUUCUUUGUCAUUGUCAUUCUUCUUGCCAUCAUCCAGGGUUUGAUCAUUGAUGCCUUUGGUGAAUUGAGAGAUCAGCUGGAGCAGGUCAAAGAGGACAUGGAGACCAAGUGUUUCAUAUGUAGCAUUGGGAGAGAGUAUUUUGAUAAGCUUCCUCAUGGAUUCGAGCUACACACAUCUAAGGAGCAUGAUCUCUCUAAUUACAUGUUCUUCCUAAUGUACCUCAUUAACAAGCCAGAGACGGAGCAUACUGGCCAGGAGUCCUAUGUAUGGCAGCUUUAUCAGCAGAGAUGCUGGGAUUUCUUUCCUGUCGGUGAUUGCUUCCGCAAGCAGUACGAUGACGAGCAAGCAUGAUGAGAAGGACGAUGACCAUUAUGAUUACUAAGUCCAAAGAUGUCAAAGGUCAUUGAGGCUAGGAUGUACCCAGAGCACAGAACACCUCCUGGUUACUGCUUAGCUCAUUAAAUGCCAAGUCCAAUCAACAUCUGGGUCCUUCCUUUUUGGAUUGAGAUUUUUGGUUAAUGUGUAAAGAAAACAAGGUGUAAAUGUAACUCUCCCAACGACAGUUUCCAGAGCAGCAUUGUUAUUUAGCCAAUCAAAAGCAAUCAUAAUUGUGUACUUAACUCACUGAACAUAGUUUGAUGUCAGUACAUACACAUUUUCUGUAGACCCUAGCGUUUGUUAUCUCUGGCAUAGGACUCAAUGGGUUAAUAGCAUCUUGAGUGAAUGGAGACCAUAUGGACCUAAUUCCAGAGGAGCAAAAUCACUCAAUUGAUGCUGUCUUUUGACUGGCCUACGUUGUUCCUGUUACCUACAUGAAAAAUAGUAGGUCCCCAUUUAGCAAAUUUCAGGAGUUGAUUGGCUAUUAGAGCGGAUUCCGCAUAGCACUCACCAUGCCAGUGUAAUUGCUAGCUGGAAUAUAUCCCAAAGAAUCAUGAUUAUGGUGGCAUUUGGUUGUCGUAACAAGACAACAUUAGAUUUGAACUGCAAUUGGUCAACAGCAAAUUUCUCAAAUGCCAGUGUUUGGGUUAUUGCAUGACAAACACUAGCCAACUGCAUCACCUUACUUAAGGCAAGGCUGGUGUAAGGUUCAUGUUCAUUUCAUUGUUAGCUUUUUAAAGUGCAAUUAAUAAUCAUUUUCUAAAGCCAAGUUGCAGCUCAGUAAAUCUGCCUAUUUUUCCCCCUAACCACCGUACUUGAAAUCACAUUAGAUGUUCAUUUUCUGCAGUUUUGUAAAUAGCCUUUUGGACCCACUUUUAGACUUUCUGAUUGAUUAAGAGAUCAAAUAUCUUUGUUCUUUUGCUCACAUGAUAACUUUUCUCUUAGAUGUGUGAUAACUUAUGUGCGUUUUUCUUUGGGGGAGGAAUGAAAAUGCAAACUAUUUUUUUUUUUUGGAUUUGGUUAUUUUUUUUUCCUUUGAUUAUCACAUACUAUGUACUAAAGUGUAUAAAAAUUUCCAGACUUGAAAAUAUAAAGGGUUUCUUGAGAAAUUAUGUGGUGUGUAACUUUGAGUCCAUUAAUAAAGGAACAUAAUAACAUGACAAUGUUUGAUAUUUUGGAUUUUCCGUAGCUGGAACACAUAUUAAGACCAUGAAGUAAACACAAGAAUUAAGUCAAUAUUGAUAACAGCUCAGCAGUGACCAAUGUGCUGGAAGUUGGAUCUGAUUAAAAUGGACCUGCAUUAUAUAUUUAAAAUAUGAUAAUCAUGAUGUGUAUUUUCUUUUUUUUCUAUUGGGUGCAAAAAUGGUGCAUAAAUUGAUGCACUGGUCAAUAUAACAUACCAGCUUUAAAUAGAAAUUGAAAACUUCCCAUUGCAGUAACUCUUAUUUCAUAAUAUGAAUUCACCCUAACUCUUUACAGUACUCUGAAGCCCCAUCAUGAUAUUCUUCUUAUUAGUUUGGAUUGAUCACUUCAUUGUAUUUUUUUUGUUAGGAAUCAGUGUCUAUUUGUAAACUUUAUAUCUACAUGUAGAGAUGAUUCAUAAAAUAUGUAAUCCAUAUUUCAUUUUCAAAAUUUUGAUUUUGCCAUUUACUUUAUUACUUGCAUGUGUGUGAUUGAGGGUCAGAUAUAUGCUUCUUUUCAUAACAACAGAAUUCACUCCUCCAUUUUGUUCGAAAAAAAGGUUUCAAUAAACAAAAUUAUGAGUAAUUUUCCUUUUUUUUCUUUAUUACUGCAAUAUGAUGAAACAAAUAUGUGUGAUAUGAUGUUUAUCAAGUUUAACUUGAAAUCAAGUGAAAUUCAUACACUCACAUCUUUGGAAUCUUUUUCAUGUACAGUACAAGCCUUCUGGGUCAUGUUGAAUUAGAAGCCCUUAUUCCUUUUUUUUUAUAAGUAUGGUGCAGAAUGAUUACAUCUACUGUAUAUCAUUAUAUUUCCUUUUAUUGGUUAGAAUUUAGUUAUGUUUUUUUCUUCUAGAUCGCUUUGAGUGUCAAUGUCUUCUUCAGCUUAGAAACAUACAGUAGACAAACUUCAGAGUGACAGCUCAAUAAAGGCAGUGCAGCACCAGCCCGAGUUUGCUCAAUCUCGAGAUUUUAAGCCCGAUCAGCCCUCUUCACGAUUAAUCUCGAGAUUCAAGAAUCCCUGCCUCCACCAUCGCAAGAAGAGCGAUUCCUGUUUGAGCGAGGCAUCGAUGCAUUAUGGUCUGACGCCGUGAAUAAAUAAUCCUGAGUGCGUCUGCACCUGUGAAUUAGCGGGAUGAUUCAUAAAAUAGUGCCCUAUUUUGCAAAUAAUCCCAAGUUGACUGGGGAUUGCAAUCGUGAGAUUAAUCCAGCGAACUAGCGCGAUAAUUGUGUUUCCAUUAGUUUUACAAAUAAUCUCAAGAUUGUGCAGAACAGGAUAAUUUGCUGGAUCAGAAAUAGUGCGCUAAUUUGAAAACUCGGGCUGGGGCCCUAAAGUAAUUCUCUAUUCUUGAAGUGGAACUUUCAUAUUUGCGUGCUUAUUUAAUUACUGUACUAAGAUACCACAGCAAUAUAUAACAACUCACUGUGACUGGUUUAUCAAAAGAAGUUAUAUUUGUAUUUCUUGCUUUGUUUUAUGUGCAAUGUAUUUUAGGCAGAUUGUAGAGAUAUCAUCAACCGUUUCUUUUUGAUGAAGUAAAUGUCUCUGAUCAUGGAGAGUGUAAUGUUUUGCUUCAUGAUAACAGUUCUUGUAGACCCAUUAGUGUUAAAUAAAAUGGAGAUCUCAUUUUAGGUAAAAUGUGUGAAGUUGAUGUAACUUAUUGCAAUUCGAAAGCAAUGAGUGUGUUGUUAACUGCCUUUACCAUGACAAAAAAAAAACAUAUCUGAUUGAUGAAUAUGAUUACACAGAUCUUGAUAUCAUGCAAAUUUAAUAUGUUUUGGAGAUAUAAAAUGUUCUAUCAAUAAUGUAUUUCUAUAACAAGAGUUUAGCGAUAUCAUCACAUUUAUUGCAAUUUAAUGCUGGUUUGAAUUUUUAAUGUUUUGAUUUAAUUUAUAUGACAUCAAAGAUUUUCCUGGUUUUGCAUCAUGUAAUGGUAUUCAGAUUUAUUGUUUGUGUCUGUAUGUUUGUGUAUUUAUUAUGACUUUUUGAAUCUUUUGUGCUUCUUGAUAUUUAAUCAGACGAUUAAAA